UAAGGAUGUGAACGCGCACCAAGGUAGUCCCAUUUGGUUCCCGGGGAGAGAGAACGGAGUGCGAUAAACGAGAGAGUGGGACGCGGAAACAGCAGGAGCGGUCCGCGAGAGAGGUGCAGCGACCGGUGACAGCUUUUCACUCGAACCGUAUAGAGACCAAAUAAUUGCUGCAUUUGUCUUUUUUUCCCGUGAAGUUUCGGAUCAGAGGCUUUUUGUAGGGACAAGGGGAUCUUUCUUCUGUAUAGAGAGUAUCAUUCGGGAUUCAGAAUGUCGGGGAGCAGGGAGGAGGAGCGGCGGAAACUAGCUGACAUCAUUAACCACUGGAACGCCAACCGGCUCGACCUGUUCGAGAUCAGCCAACCCACCGAGGACUUGGAGUUCCACGGCGUGAUGCGUUUCUACUUCCAGGACCGCGUGGCGGGGAACUUUGCCACCAAGUGCAUCCGCGUGUCCUCCACGGCCACCACUCAGGACGUCAUCGAGACGCUGGCCGAGAAGUUCCGGCCCGACAUGAGAAUGCUCUCCUCGCCAAAAUACUCCCUCUACGAGGUCCACGUCAGCGGGGAAGAACGGAAGCUGGACCUGGAUGAGAAGCCACUGGUGGUGCAGCUCAACUGGAACAAAGACGACCGCGAGGGACGCUUCGUCCUCAAGAACGAGAACGACAUCAUCCCCAAGAAGAUGCAGAGCAAUGGGCCGGAGAGGGAGAAGGAGGGAGUAAUCCAGAACUUCAAGCGGACACUGUCCAAAAAAGAGAAGAAGAAGGAGAAGAAGAGAGAGAAGGAGGCUCACAUUCCGGACGGAGAUGAGCAAGCACUGAACAGAGAAGAUGGAGAGAACUCCAGACUGGCGGCGGAGGUGUACAAGGACAUGCCGGAGAACAGCUUCACCAGGACCAUCUCUAACCCUGAGGUGGUGAUGAAGAGGAGGCGGCAGCAGAAACUGGAGAAGAGGAUGCAGGAGUUCCGCAGCAGCGACGGCAGGCCCGACUCGGGGGGGACGUUGAGGAUCUAUGCAGACAGUCUGAAGCCCAACAUUCCUUAUAAGACCAUCCUGCUGUCCACGACAGACAUGGCAGACUUUGCUGUGGUGGAGGCCCUGGAGAAGUACGGCCUGGAGAAGGAGAACCCCCGGGAGUACUGCAUCGCCAGGCACACAGAUGACAAGUCUGGGAAGGAGAUCGUCCUGGACGAUAUGGAGUGUCCUCUUCAGAUCUUCAGAGACUGGCCCAACGACCGAGGAGCCCUCGUGUUCCAGCUGAAGAAGAGACCUCCAGACUACGUGCCUAAGAAGGGCCGGAAACCAGAGGACAAGGGCCUCAGAGGGAAGGGCAUGGACGGGCCCCUGUACGGCUCUCUACCCCCAGAGAAACUGCCGUACCUGGUGGAGCUCAGCCCAGGGAGGGGAAAUCACUAUGGCUACUACACGUAUCAGCACCUGGAAGACGGCUCCGACUCCAGGGACAAACCGAAGCUCUACCGUCUGCAGCACAGUGUCACUGAGGUGGGCUCAGACACGACAGACGACGGCGCCAUCCAGCUGUUUGGUCCAGGUAUCCUGCCCCACCACUGCAAACUGAUGCACACAGAGGGUCUGGUGACAGUGACGCCACACAGUCUGGAGGCUGAGACCUACGUGGACGGCCAGCGUGUCACCGAGACCACCGUGCUGCGAAGCGGAGCCACACUUCAGUUCGGCGCCUCCCACGUCUUCAAGUUUGUGGACCCCAGCUACGACCACAGCAUGGGCAAGGGAGGUCCCGGACCGAUGAUGAGAGGAAGGCACAAGUCAGGGAGUGUUUCUGAGACGACCUUUGACCUGCAAGGGGACAUUCACAGUGGGACGGCCCUCCCCGCCAGCAAGAGCUCAGGGAAGCUGGAUAUGGAGCGUUCAGCCAACGGCAGCGAGAGAGGCAUGGUCAAACCCAUGAUCCGCGGGGAGCAGCAGGACGGCAGGUCCCAGGACAUCCUGAGCCCAGAACUGACGCUGCCGGCCAGCAUCGAGUUCAGGGACAACUCCGAAGAUGCCUUUCUGUCGGCUAUCAUCAACUACACCAACAGCUCCACGGUGCACUUCAAGCUGUCCCCUACCUACGUACUGUAUAUGACCUGUCGCUACGUCAUGUCCAGCCACUACCGGCCCGACGUCAGUCCCUCGGAACGCACUCACAAGGUCAUAGCCAUCGUUAACAAGAUGGUGAGCAUGAUGGAAGGAGUCAUCCAGGAGAUUCCUGAAGGGGCCCAGAAGCAGAAGAACAUCGCGGGGGCCCUGGCCUUCUGGAUGGCCAAUGCCUCAGAGCUACUCAACUUCAUCAAACAGGACAAGGACCUGUCGCGCAUCACACUGGACGCCCAGGACGUGCUGGCACACCUCGUCCAGAUGGCCUUCAAGUACCUGGUCCAGUGUCUGCAGUCUGACCUGAAUAAUUACAUGCCUGCGUUUUUGGAUGACCCAGAGGAACAGAACCCUCAGAGGCCCAAAAUAGAGGACGUUCUGCACACCCUGACGGGCGCCAUGUCGCUGCUGCGCCGUUGCCGUGUCAACGCGGCGCUGACCAUUCAGCUGUUCUCGCAGCUCUUCCACUUCAUCAACAUGUGGCUGUUCAACAAGCUGGCGAUGGAGGCCGACUCUGGACUGUGUUCACACUACUGGGGCGCCAUCCUCCGCCAGCAGCUCAGCCACAUCGAGGCCUGGGCAGAGAAACAGGGCCUGGAGCUGGCCGCCGACUGCCACCUCAGUCGCAUCGUACAGGCUACGACUCUCCUCACCAUGGACAAGUACUCCAUGCAGGACGUGCAGAACAUCCACAACACCUGCUUCAAGCUGAACUCCCUGCAGCUCAACGCCCUCAUGACCAACUACCACUGUGCUCCCGACGAGCCUUACAUCCCCCCCGAGCUGAUAGACCACGUGGUUGCCGUGGCGGAGAACACGGCAGAUGAGCUGGCCCGUAGCGACGGCCGAGAGGUCCAGCUGGAGGAGGACCCCGACCUGCAACUGCCCUUCCUACUGCCCGAGGACGGCUACUCCUGCGACGUCGUGCGCAACAUUCCCAACGGAUUCCAGGAGUUCCUGGACCCCCUUUGUCAGAGAGGAUUCUGUCGGCUAACCCCUCACCCCCGCUCCCCUGGGACCUGGACCAUCCACUUUGAAGGAGCCGACUGCGACAGCCACUUUUUUGCAGACAACUCCGACCUGCAAAUGCGGAAGGAACCGGAAGUUGUGACGGUCACCCUGAAGAAGCACAAUGGCAUGGGCCUCAGCAUUGUGGCUGCCAAGGGUGCUGGACAGGACAAGCUCGGGAUCUACAUCAAGUCUGUUGUGAAGGGAGGUGCGGCUGAAGUGGACGGUCGUCUGGCUGCAGGGGACCAGCUGCUGAGUGUGGACGGCCGCAGCCUGGUGGGCCUCUCCCAGGAGAGGGCUGCAGAGUUGAUGACGAGGACAGGCUCUGUGGUGACACUGGAAGUGGCCAAACAGGGUGCUAUUUACCACGGCCUGGCCACACUCCUCAACCAGCCUUCUCCUAUGAUGCCCAGAGCGUUACAAGGAGGGCGUGAUAAGAACGGUAAACUGAGACCAAAGAGUGAAGGCUUUGAACUGUACAACAACUCAGUCCAGAACGGCUCUCCAGAGAGCCCCCAGGGUGACUGGCAGGCCUACCCAGAACCAAAGAAGUUGAGCGGGGAGGAGAGACUACUGAAGAACCGGGCCGACCACCGCUCCAGCCCCAACGUGGCCAACCAGAGUCAGAGUCCAGGAGGAAAUACCGUCUACCCAGGAGGACCUGGGACAAAGAUCACCUCUGUCUCCACGGGCAACCUGUGUGCUGAUGACGAGACCUCUCCACCUCGUCCCGAGGCCUACCCAAUCCCUACUCAGACCUACCCCAGGGAAUACUUCACCAUCCCAGCCUCCAAGUCUACAGACCGGAUGGGCCCGGCCGCGGGGCAGUUAUACACUGACGACAGGGGCCCUCCUGGCUCCAUGGAAGACCACCACAACAGCAGCAUCGCCAUACAGCAGAUGGGCCACUCUCAGGAGGAGCUGUGUGACCUCCCAGGGGGCUACCCCCCAGCCCCCCUGCGCCCUGAGGACCUGGUCCACCUGCAGCAGCAGCAGAGAGAGGCUGACUACCAGCGGGCCAGUGGGGAACACUGGGUCAACCACCACCAGGUCUCCUCCUCCGUGGAGUCCUCCACCUCCAGCCAGGAGCACCUCAACUACUCCUCCAACAAGACCCAGAGCAACCACAAGAGUGGCCCAGGACGCUGGAAGACCCCUGGCCCCAUCGCCCCGCACCCAGGCCCCGUGGCUCAGGCCACACGCACAGACCUCCCACCCCCUCCACCGCCCCCUGUACACUACCAGGACUUUGAUUCCCAGCUCGACCUGCCCCUACCCCCCCCUCCCUCUGCCUCCCAGCAGCAGGCAGCAGCCGCCGACCGCAAGAAGCGCGAGGAGCAGCAGCGCUGGUAUGAGAAGGAGAAGGCCCGGUUAGAGGAGGAGAGGGAGAGGAAAAGGAGGGAACAGGAGAGGAAGCUGGGACAGGUCCGUAACCCAUCCAUGCCUGUAGCCCACAACAACAACCAACAUGGGGGCACACUCCCCCCUCCCACACAGCACUAUCAGAUGCCCCCUCCCCAGUCCCCCAUGCCAAUGCAGCAGGUGCCCUUGCCCUACUUCCCCCCCCAGGGCCAACAGCAGGCCCAGCAGCAGCAGCAGCCCCCCAGGCCUGAGAAACUGUCCACUCUGCCCAGAGCAACAACCCUGCCCCCUCAGGGUAACCCAAUGGACACAGUGAUCAGAGAGCUGCUCCCCCAGCAGCAGCCCCGCACCAUCGAGCGCCGGGAUCUGCAGUAUAUCACCAUCAGCAAGGCGGCGCUGUCCUCCAGCGACAGCCUGUCCCCAGACCCCUGGAAGAGAGACGCCCGGGAGAAGCUGGAGAAGCAGCAGCAGCUGCACAUCGUAGACCUGCUGGACAGGGAGAUCCAGGACCUGCAGGCCAAGCCGGAGCGUACGGCCGAGGAGAGCGACCGGCUCAGGAAGUUGAUGCUGGAGUGGCAGUUCCAGAAGAGACUGCAGGAGUCCAAGCAGAGUGAUGAGGAAGAUGAGGAGGAUGACGACGAGGACGUGGACUCCAUGAUGAUCAUGCAGCGGCUGGAGGCGGAGAAGAGAGCAAGGUUGCAGGAUGAGGAGCGGCGGCGGAAGCAGCAGCUGGAGGAGAUCCGUAAGCGCGAGGCGGAGGACCGGGCCAAGCAGGAGGAGGAGAGACACUGGAGAGAGGAGGAGAGGGCCAGACGAGAGGUCGAUGAGAAGAGGAGGCAGGAGGAGGAGUACUACACACGUCUGGAGGAAGGGCGGCGCCGGCAGCACGAGGAGGCCGAGCGCAAGCUGCUGACCCCUGACGAGCCUGGUCUGUACAGACCUCCCCUCCCCAGGGACUACCAGCCUCAGCCCCCCCCUCCCACUGCAUCCCACGCAACCACUGCCACUAACGCUCCACCACCCCCACCUCAGAGAAACACUUCCUACCUCAAAACCCAGGUCGUCUCCCCUGACGCCUUGUACACUGCCAAGUUUGUCUCGUACAAUGACGAGGAGGAGGAGGACGCUGCAGGUCAGGUUAAGCUCUCCGCCACCAGAAAGUCCUAUGGUGACCUCCCGCCCGCGCACAAGCCGCAGCUGCCUGCGCGCAAGCCCCGCCCUCUGUCUGAUGGGAUCUUUCUGUCCAGCUCAUUCCAGCCGCCGGCUGUCAAUGCCAACAGUACUGCAGGGCAGCCCCCUCCCCCUCCCAUCAAACCCAGCCUCAGCUUCAUCCCGACAGGCAACUCUAAAGGAUUUAAUUCAUACACUGGAAACACAACCGGGGUUGUAGGAUCAGAAGAUGGUUACAAGGACCUGCGAGAGAAAUGGACAAAAGGUGGUCAAGAACAGGAAAACACUUUAACUGGAGAAGCGCCAGAGAGUAUGACCUUCAAGGAGCGCCAGCGGCUCUUUUCCCAAGGGAAGGAGGUGUCUAACAAAGUCAAGGCCUCACGGAAACUCAUGGAGCUGGAAAAUGAACUCAAUACAAAGUAGUAGACUGGAGCCUUAGCAAGACAGACCGCCAAGCCCCAACUCGGCAAUGAGAAAGAGAGCCAGGUUUUGUUUCCCAGUGACUCAACCUUUUUUGUUUAAUAACUGGACCAUUACGUACAAUUUAAAUGUAUCAUUGCAAUAGGAGAGACAUUUAUUUGCUUAAUUUCCCUCUUAAACUGUCGAAGAUAUAUUAAAAUAAACCACUGUAAAAACGUUUUAAUUAUACUAGUAAGACACAACCUGAAAUCACGUGAAGGGGGGGAUAUAUUAAAAUACACCACUGUAAAAACGUUUUAAUUAUACUAGUAAGACACAACCUGAAAUCACGUGAAGGGGGGUAUAUUAAAAUACACCACUGUAAAAACGUUUUAAAUUAUACUAGUAAGACACAUCUGAAAUCACGUGAAGGGGGGGAUAUAUUAAAAUACACCACUGUAAAAACAUUUUAAUUAUACUAGUAAGACAUCUGAAAUCACGUGAAGGGGUGGGGGGUAUAUUAAAAUAAACCACUGUAAAAACGUUUUAAUUAUACUAGUAAGACACAUCUGAAAUCACGUGAAGGGGGGAUAUAUUAAAAUACACCACUGUAAAAACGUUUUAAUUAUACUAGUAAGACAUCUGAAAUCAUGUGAAGGGGGGAUAUAUUUUUGUUUGUAAAAUGAUUCUUGGGUUAGGGAUGAAAAGUUUUGCUUUAUUUAAAACAAAAAUGUAAUAGCUUACUGUAAUGUGGAAUAUUUUAUGGUAUUUAUGCUCCUUCUGCAUUACAUAUUUUCACACUUAAUUUCUCCUUGUUUAAAUAAAUGCCCAGGCUUUUCCAUACCAGACUAAUCAUUUUAGUUAACUUAUACGCAGUGGAGGCUGCUGAGGGGAGGACGGCUCAUAAAUGGCUGGAACUGAGCAAAUGGAAUGGCAUCAAACACAUGGGAAACUUGUUUGAUAUAUCGAUACUAUUCCACUAAUUCCGCUCCAGCCAUUACCAUGAUCCCGUCCUCCCCAAUUAAGGUGCCACCAACCUCCUGUGACUCAGUGAUUCAAAUGGAGUAAUGUUGUCCAUUCUGGUUUGUGAUACACUGUUCUUCAUUCCUUAGAAUGUGGGUUUAGUUUUGCUCCAGCUAUUACUGGAAGAUGCUAUGACUUCCACAUAUAUAAACUGGUUUACUGGGUCCUACUGGGGGUCCACUUUAGUGCACACACACACACUGUAAAUAUCUCUCUCGUUCCAAACAGAACUUAUACUUCGUGAUAGUAGCAACUCUCAUUUGGUGUUCAUCUUCAGAAAUGGACAGUAAAGAACUUUAUAGAAGUGUGACGUAGGAAAUUUAAACAAUUAACUCCUAUCUUUUGGUUCUCGCUGUCAAUGGGGGUGUUAACAGUUUUUCAAUGUUUUCUAUUCCCCCCACUUUAUAGUAUUGAUUUUCUUUGAAUUGAAUAGUAAUUUGCAGAGUUGUGAAAUUUGACAAGUUGUAAUACAUCACCAGUAUGAGGGAAAUUACUUCACUGUCAGUUCAAAUGAUAAUAAAAAUCAAAAGUAGGAACAUUGUUUGAACCUUAUGUAAUGUACUUGCACAGAUAUUGUUUAUUUAAAAUGUUUGAGCCUUUUAAAUCUAUAAAACAUGGAAUACAUUUGGAUCUAUAAGGCUACUGUAGGAAACUAUUAUUUGAAGGAUUUGGGCAGUAUGCUAUUUACAUGAAGUAAAUCUCUCCAGUCUUAAACCCCUACAUCUCUUCAUUCACAGCUUUUUGAUCCAUCUUGUGUAAAUAUUCUUUUCAGGAGAACAUGUGCCAGAUUUCACUGUUAACUUUAAUUGUGCAUAAAGUAACUGUGGCAAUAUCCUGUUUCAGCUUCAAAUACUGUAUUCAACCUUUUCUCAUUUUAGGUUACACAUUUUAAUAAUUUAAAUUGUUUUGCUUGAGCCUUUUGUAAAUCAUGAAUAAAUACAGAUUUUACAAAA